UUACAAUUCUCCACUCCACACCAAACACGAGUAAACCCUUUUUCUUCUUACGAGUCCCUUUCAGUUUCACCCUCCAUUUAUAUAGCUCCUAAGAGUAGAAAAAGGUGCACGCGACCACAAUACCACUGAGAGCUUUGCUUGUUGCUGAGUGGAUAAUCUAAGUACCUAACAUGUCAAACAUAGACAUUGAGGGGAUCCUAAAGGACCUUCCUAAUGACGGACGUAUUCCAAAAACAAAGAUUGUAUGCACCCUGGGCCCGGCUUCUCGGUCUGUGGUUAUGUGUGAGAAGCUACUGAGGGCAGGAAUGAAUGUUGCCCGUUUCAACUUCUCUCACGGGACCCACGAGUAUCAUCAAGAGACAUUGAACAAUCUUCGGAUUGCCAUGCAAAAUACUCAAAUCUUGUGUGCAGUGAUGCUCGACACCAAGGGGCCCGAGAUUCGAACUGGAUUUUUACAAAACGAGAAACCAAUUCAACUCAAGGAAGGCCGGGAGAUCACGAUAAGCACCGAUUACACCAUUAAAGGAGACGAAGAAACCAUAUCUAUGAGCUACAAGAAAUUACCCGUUGACUUAAAGCCCGGCAACACAAUCUUAUGCGCAGAUGGCACCAUCACCUUAACCGUUUUGUCAUGUGAUCCAGCAUCUGGGACCGUUAGAUGCCGCUGUGAGAACACAGCCAUGUUAGGUGAGAGAAAAAACGUGAAUCUUCCGGGUGUGGUUGUUGAUCUUCCUACACUAACUGAAAAGGAUAAAGAAGACAUUCUUCAAUGGGGCGUUCCUAAUAAUAUUGAUAUGAUUGCGCUUUCGUUUGUCCGUAAGGGAUCUGAUCUUGUGAAUGUUCGCAAAGUUCUUGGCCCGCAUGCCAAGAAUAUUCAGUUGAUGUCAAAGGUUGAGAACCAGGAAGGAGUAGUAAACUUUGACGAGAUCUUGCGUGAGACCGACUCAUUCAUGGUUGCUCGUGGUGAUCUGGGAAUGGAGAUUCCAGUCGAAAAGAUCUUCUUGGCCCAAAAAAUGAUGAUCUACAAAUGCAAUCUAGCUGGAAAGCCCGUUGUAACUGCAACACAAAUGCUCGAGUCCAUGAUCAAAUCACCCCGGCCCACCCGUGCUGAAGCCACUGACGUGGCAAAUGCGGUUCUCGAUGGAACCGAUUGUGUCAUGCUUAGCGGUGAAAGUGCAGCCGGUGCAUACCCUGAAAUAGCCGUCAAAACCAUGGCCCGCAUCUGCAUUGAAGCCGAGUCGUCUCUCGACUACGGAGUCAUAUUCAAGGAGAUGAUAAGGUCAACCCCGCUGCCAAUGAGCCCGUUAGAGUCGCUUGCAUCAUCUGCGGUUAGAACGGCUAACAAGGCUCAUGCGAAACUCAUUGUGGUUCUAACCAGGGGUGGAUCCACAGCCAAGUUAGUAGCAAAGUACAGACCCGCGGUUCCGAUAUUGUCAGUGGUGGUGCCUGUUUUGUCGACUGACUCGUUUGACUGGACCUGUAGUGACGAGGCUCCAGCUAGGCAUAGUUUGGUUUACAGGGGAUUGAUUCCGCUUCUUGCUGAGGGGUCCGCUAAGGCUACUGAUGCUGAGUCUACGGAGGUGAUUUUGGAAGCUGCUUUGAAAUCGGCAACUGCGAAAGGGCUGUGCAAGAAGGGUGAUGCUGUUGUGGCACUCCACCGUAUCGGUGCUGCAUCUGUCAUCAAGAUUUGCAUAGUCAAGUAAGGUAAGAUAAUCAAAGUUGGCAUAUCAAUUGGUUUUGUAUUAGUAUCUUGAAGCAUGUUAUGUUUUGAUGUAUUGGAUUAUGAAAAGUCUGUGACCAUGGACUAGUUUUGUGUUUGGAUCUUAACUUUAAUUAAUCAUCAAUGUCUGGGCCAAAAAGUGGGUUUGGUUGAACA